AUGAGAAUUUCCGAGGGUUCUCCAUAUCCUCCAAGCGAAUCUGAUAUUUCAGAGAUCUCGCGCGAUCUUGAGAAAGAAAAUGCCAUCGAAAAACUGUCACUACUUCCCAAUCCUCCCCCUCGACCCCGAUGUCUGACUCCAUCUGGUUUUCGAGAUAUCACAGAAGAGCCUGGACUACCGAGGCCGACUUUUCAACAUUGCGCAUACUAUAAGCUGCCGUCCGAUAUCAGAAGAUACAUUCUGAUACUGGCUUUCGGCAAUCGUCGUCUCCAUAUGGACUUUUCAUACGAUUAUCCCGACAUGUCUUCAGACCUCAUUCAACCGUUAGAUAAGAACCAUUGUGGCAUCGUCAUGGAGAACAUGUAUGGCGAAAAACUACGAGUCGUCGAUGAUACAGAACCAAGGUCUUGCAUUUGGUGGGGAUCUGUUUGCCAUCGACUCCCGCCAGAUCACGACGUAUCGCAAACAGGUCCAAUGACCCAUCGAGGACCUGAUGGUCCUUGGGCUGAUACCUGUCGCGUCGGUGAAGCUCGUCACUGCGACUCUUGGCCAGGCUCAUUCCCUGUCAAGUGUCGCAUCGGUAUAAUGGGAUGGCUGCUGUCUUGUCGCCAAAAUUAUGCCGAAGCUAUCGACAUACUUUACUCUAAAAACACAAUCAUCAUGGCCAACGAAGUAAUGAUAAAACAUCUACCUCAACUCUUAUUACCGAAUCGCCUAGCGUCCAUAACUUCACUGGAAAUCAGCUGGAACUUGAAGUCCCGAUACGAGAGCGGAAUUUGGGACAUUGAUGAGGCAGAUUUGAAGCACGUGUGUGAAAUAAUAUCCACCCAGUUCCCGCGGCUACGUCGUCUUUAUUUGUCUCUCGAGCGCUCAUGGCAUAAUGAUGCUUGGCCAACUAUCAGCCUUCAUCUGGACAACCUUGCGCGAAUGAUGCCAUCUCUGACAGAACACGCGAUCUCGCUGCCGGACACUCCAUUCGAUUCUAUCUUUUACGAUGCAAAAGAAACAGACUUUGGAUCGUAUUCAGAAAUAUGCCAUUCUUAUAAUCAGAUCUGGCGAUCUACUGACGGCGAAAUGGAUGUCAUUCGUCUUCCAUAUGUCGACAGCUAUCCGAACGUCCCGUAUCACAUACCCUCUUCAAUCUCCAAGUACGAAGGUUAUUGGAUCCUCAAGGAAAGUAACAGGUUCAACGUAUCGGGGCUCUCUACCGAGUCGUCUCCGCUAAGGGGCCCUUGUGUGCCUUACUAUGAUUCUGAAUCUGAGCUUUAUUAUAGAGACCUUCUGGAACUGGAGGGCAUACUUUGA